GAUGUGUGACCUUGCAGUGUUUGUAAACAGACACACGUUGCCGUCGCGAACUGUUACGGACGAUCGCCAUCGCGAGAGCGAGAGCCACCCCGAGAGCGCGCGCACCUGCCCGUCACCCGACGCCGUACGUAGCGCAACGCCAUGGAAGUGGAGCCGAUGUGCAUCGCGGAGAACGAGACGGAGGGAUCUCGCGGUGAUCGGAAAGAGGGGGGCAAGAGGGGACGCAAGCCUGGAAGGAAGGCGGCGGACAAGGCGGACAUGAAAGCUAAGCUCGAACGAAGCCGGCAGAGUGCGAGGGAGUGCCGUGCUCGCAAGAAGCUGAGGUAUCAGUACCUGGAGGAGCUCGUGGCCGACCGAGAAAAGGCGGUGCUUGCUCUGCGGAAGGAGCUCGAGAUGUAUCGUCAGUGGACUCUGGAAUUCGACGCCGGACGAGUCCCCGAAGGACUUCAGGCGAUGCUGGAAGAACUCGGCUCGCUGAAGCGGGAACAGCCCAGCAGCAACUAAGCGGCCAAGGAGGCGAGGAAUAAGGAAGUCACGUGGAUCGAGUCGUUCCAUUUAUCUUGUUCCUCCGAUCGAAAACCCCCUCCUUCCCUCCCCCUGGUAGUCGAGCUUUCUUUCCGUCUUAUCUCCCUUUCUCUUUUACUGUUCUUCGAGGCAAUAGGGAAUAAUUGGCUGGCAAAUCUGAAAUUUUCUCUUUUAUGUCCGGAUACUCUUCUAUACUGCGAUUGAUCCAUUGAACGAAACCGCGAAGAGUGGAACUUCCUUUUUUCGAGAGCAUACGCUUCUUAUGCGAAUAGUGAAAUUUCUCCCUAUUCUGUUUUUCUCCCCGCGAAACGGCGGGAUCGUUAUCCCCGAUUUACCUCGUUACCUCAUCGUGUUACCUUCUGUUUUUUUAUACGUACAUUUUGUUAUCGCGACUCUCGUUACGUUGACACAUAUAUUUUUAUUCUCGUUGAUUAAGGACGUCGGUCGGUUUGUCUACGGCCUCACGCUUGGAAUGUGUACCUCCCUCACACGAUCGUUGCGAUGUAAGAAAGUAAUUGUAUAGAUAUAUUACUGUUAUUACGCGUCUCUGAAGGGCCGAAAACGGUCGUUGUAUAUCAAAGUCUAUAUUCAGUAUUGUCUGUUUGAAAGGGCGUCGUUGCGGGAUCUCCUCGUUGACUGUUUAUCGAUUCGUUUUGAACUUUACUGACACGCGGUAUAUAUUCUUAUAUACCCCACUAAGAGAAUUCAUCGUUUUGUAGAAAUUAUAAAACGCCACUGCAAAAAGUUGAUUCAUAUAUGUGUACGGAAGAGUCUGAUAGUCGAAUAAAACCAAUAUUUUUCGAUGAAAAA